CCUCUGUUCUGUUCAGUAUAUGGCAAUCACUUCAUCCACCACUGCAGUGCACCCACCUGUGGGCCUGUGGGGAGGGAGUGGGUUGAAAAACUGCUCAAGAACACAGAAGCUUAGGAAGGGUCAUGAAGAACACCACAAAUGGAACUGCAGAGAGGGGGUUACGUAGGCAGAAAGCAAGUCAACAAAAGCACUUAGUCAGGAUACGUAACUUGAAAUUGACUCCUUUGGAAAUUGCCAUAGAACCUUUAAUGGACAUCAUCAGCUGGAACUGGGAUCUGAUGAAUCCCACAAAAGUCAGCACCUGCUACAGAACAGAUGCCCUGAUCACCAAGGACUUGGUACUGAUUUAGAGAGAAGAGAGCAGCUCCUAGCAGCAUCAACAUCUAUUUGUCGCUUAUUUGCCCUGCAGCAAUUCACCUGCCUUUCCUUCCCCCAUCCUUUUUCUGGAUAUGCCGCAGAAGGAUCCGUGCCAGAAACAAGCCUGUGAAAUACAGAAAUGUUUACAAGCCAACAACUACAUGGAAUCUAAGUGUCAGGCUGUCAUCCAAGAACUGCGUAAGUGUUGUGCUCGAUAUCCUAAGGGAAGAUCUCUCGUCUGUUCGGGAUUUGAAAAAGAAGAGGAAGAAAAGCUGACACUGAAGCCUACAUCAAAGUAAAGUUCUGCUGAAAAGUUAAAUGCUGCACCAUGUAUCCACCAAGCAAGUUUUGUCUUCCUGACUCUUUCUUCAGGCCAGGUAGCAGCAAAUAUCAAAUAAAAAAGUCAACUAUAAAAGUUAAUGAAUAUGCCAUCUAUGCAGAACAGAUAGACAUAUAAAUAUAUUAAAUAUGUAGAAUGUAAUAAAACUGAGCUGCUAAAAUAAACCUGU